AAACAGGCAGAGUAUAAAAGGAGGGGGGAGCAACUGAGGGGCACACUUGUUUUUGUACAAGGGGCUGCUGCAACUCAACGCUGCGGAGAGGCAAACCUUCGACUAACAGCAGAUAAGGGAGGCGAGGAGGUGCAGGAGGCAUGUGGGCCAGCCUCAGCCUGCUCCUCGCUCUCUGCCUGCUCCAGGGGGGCGCGGCGGAGAGCGAGGAAGGCGUCGGCCAUCGCUGUCAGCCCCCACCCGACUGGAGGAUCGGUGGGGUGGAACCCAUGAGGGCGACAAUGGGGCGUGUGACAGUGGUGGCCCUUUUGCAGGCCAGCUGACUGUUCUGUUUGGUGCAGGCAUCCGGAAUGGAUCGCCUGCGCCUACAGAUGGAGAGUCAGGGUUUGAAAGAUGUGACCUACAUGGUGGUCAACCAUCAGGGAGCGCACGCACAACUUCUGCACUCCAUGCUGGAGCAGAGGUUGUCCGCCAACAUCGCGCUCUACAAACAAGAAGAGCACCAGCCGGACGUAUGGCAGCUGCUGAACGGAGCCAAGGAUGAUUUUUUCAUCUAUGACAGAUGUGGACGCCUUACUCGCCAAAUUUCCCUUCCGUAUUCCAUCAUUGGUCAGGGCCACAUCGAGGGUGCCAUUAAGGACACCUACUGCAAGCGAUUAUGUGGCACUUGCACAUACGAGAGUGCUGAAAUCCCAUCAGAGUGUCAAGUAACUACAGAAGAAGAGCGUCCUGAUGCUGCCCCGGCAGUUGACGCAGAAACUGGACACCACAGCCAACACCAUCAUGGGCAUCACCACCAUCAUCAUCAUCAGCAUGGGCACCACAGCCACGACCCCAGUCUGGGUCAUCAUCACCAUGGAAACCGCCAGAUGCAAAUCCAAAGUCACCACAGUUUAGGGCAACAAGCUAGUCAGGGGCAGUCGCACGUGGCUCCCCAGGAGGCGCAGGGGAUGCCGGUGAUGCAGCAACCGUGAGCGCCCCAAACGUCGAGGUGAAAAUCCAAACACGCUUGACGUUGGGCCGCCGCAUCCGACAGUGACGCCGCUACUGCGGCCAGCUGAUGCUGACACUGACGGAGGCUGUUGGGCGAGACGGGCGAGCCGAGCUUGUGACGCUGUCAGGAGGCGCUACCCGCCACAUGACAGUGACACGGGCAGAGCGAGGCCAAUCACGUCAGCGAGACCUGACAGUGACGCUCGCACCCUGCCGACUGACAGCCGCCUCAGCCGGACCAGUGAGCCUGACCUCCGGGGGUCGUGAGCUGAGAAUGAGGCCAUCUGUAAAGCUGGCCGUGAUGUCAUUCUCGAGUAGGAACACCAGCUCACCUCACCCGUCGUCCAGAUAGGCCACCAUGUUUCCAAAUGACCCUUUCCCUCUUUUGGACCCUUCCAUCUUUUAUGAAACCAGGCGCAUAAACUACGCUCUAGUGGCGUCUGGCUGAAGUCAGGAUGGUAGGGAUGGGAGACGAGUUCUUCGGGAACAUGGUGGACUCAGUAUUUCAGAACAGGUUUUCCCAACCUAUUUUGAGCCAAAGCACAUAUUUUGUUAGGAAAGUCUUACGACCUACCACCAAAUAAAAAUGGAAAAAUAUGCGGAUAUGUGGAUCCUCCGCCGAGUCGCAGCUUGCAAAUUAAACUAUUUGUGAUUUUUUUUGGGUAUUUUUUUAGGGGACGGGGGACAUAUGCUGCAUUAUUCAUUGAAAAAUUCUCAUAUUCGCUGUUUUUGUGCUUUUUGUAAAACACCCGAAGAUGCCACAGGAAUAUAUGACUUGUAGGAGCAGUAGUACAACACUACUCUUAAAGGGGAAGUCAACUCAAAGAUAUUCUUUACAAUAUGUUCUAUGCACUCCACGAGUCUAAACAUGGUAUUACGAUUAAAAUUACAUUGUGGAAUAUGUAUUAUGUAGCAAAAUUCACCCGUUAACUUUUUUAUUCAUCUCAGAGGGAACCGUUUUGCCAUGUACUGUCGUCAUCACAGUGCUAAGCAUUUUUUGGGUUUGGUCAUGUAAUGUUGGGCUUUGAUGUCGUUUUUCACUUACCAGCAUGUGUCAGUACAAGGUACAAUGGCCGUCCCUUCGAUGGACACAAACGGUUGGAUUUUUCUGAUUAAUCUGCAAACACAAUAUACAUCUGAUUACUGUGAUUAGACUAGUAGGUGGCGCGUAGACGAUAUUGUGAAGAAAAUUUUGGACUUGACUUCCCCUUUAAGACUGAUUUUCUUGUAGAGAGUGCUUUGGUGCCAUCUUGUGGCAUCUUGGGGUCUUUCAGGAAGGACACACAAAGAAAGUGAGUUUUUCAUUGAUGGGUGCAGGAUAGACCCCUUCCAAAAUAAGACCACUCUCGCCUUGGCUACACCUUCUCCAGUCUAAGUAUCGGUUCAUCAUACCUCCAUAGCACCUACAUUUAAAUAGACUAAAAACCAUACACAAAAGAACAAAACAAAAGAACAUAAGACCCAUUAAGAGACAUUAAUUCAAAGGUUAAUCCAUUUUUUUUUGUUCAUGCCGAUAAGUUUUUUUCCCCCCCUUCCUUAUGCUAUAUUUUCUUGCAAAUUGCACACAUCAAAACAAAGCUAAAUGACUCCACUGUCACAAAGAGAGGGGAAUGGAGCAGGAAUGACUUUUGUAAUACACGCUGUGCUUAAUGAUGGUUUCUGCGGGCAGGUGAAAUACCACCCAGAAAUCUGAUGCCUACACAGAGCCAUGUAUUGUAAAGUGAGUGUGUGAAUUAUCCAGUAUGUGAAAGGACAGUGGAAUAAACUUUGAAUGGAUCGCUUAA